UGUGAUUGGUUAAAAUAUAUGACACUCAGGAAAACGUGUCACAGAGGGAAUUUCAAAUCGAGAAGAGGCGGUCUGUGUUCAGUGGAGAGGAGUUUAACAACACAAACAAUGCAGAGACCAAACAAAGGGAAGACUCCUCGGAGGCCUGGCCCUAAAAAGGCAGCCAACAUAGAUAAAGAUCCUGUUGGAGUAUACUGCCGUAUUCGGCCACUCGGAGCAGAAGAUGAGGAAUGCUGUCUUGAGAUGAUCAGCAGCUCCACUAUUCAGCUGCAUGCUCCUGACGGCCUUAAAGCCAACCGCAACGGGGAAUACAAAGAGACACAGUACUCAUUUAAAAAAGCAUUUGGUAUUAAUACCAAUCAACUGGAGUUGUUUGAGGAUGUUGCCAAGCCUCUGAUAGAGGACCUUAUUCAUUGUAAAAAUGGUCUGCUGUUUACGUAUGGUGUUACUGGAAGUGGUAAGACCUUCACCAUGACCGGAUCACCUGGGGAAGGUGGGCUGCUCCCCCGCUCUCUAGACAUGCUCUUCAACAGCAUCGGCCCCUUUCAGGCCAAAAGAUUUGUUUUUAAACCAGAUGACAAAAAUGGGAUGGAGAUCCAGGGUCAAGUAGAUGCUCUCCUGGAGAGACAGAAACGAGAGAGUCAGCCCACUGUUCCCAAAACGCCAUCCUCCAGGCAGAAGGCUGACCCAGAGUUGGCUGAUAUGAUCAACUCAGAAGAAGCGUGUAAAUCUGAGAAUGUGGAUGAAGACUGCUGUUACAGCGUUUUUGUGUCCUACAUCGAGAUCUACAACAACUAUAUCUAUGAUCUCCUCGAAGAUGCUCCGUUUGACCCAAUCAGACCAAAAGCACCUCAAUCCAAGAUUCUCCGCGAGGACCAGAAUCACAACAUGUAUGUGGCUGGCUGCACAGAGGUCGAGGUCAAAUCCACAGAAGAGGCUUUUGAAGUAUUUUGGAAGGGACAAAAGAAGAGGAGGAUAGCCAACACUGAACUCAACCGUGAAUCCAGUCGCUCCCACAGUGUGUUCACAGUGAAGCUGGCCCAGGCUCCACUCGAUGCUGACGGAGAUCACAUACUACAGGACAAAAACCAGGUGAAUGUGAGCCAGCUGUGCCUGGUGGACCUGGCAGGCAGUGAGCGGACCAGCAGAACCAGAGCAGAGGGAAGCCGUCUGCGAGAAGCAGGUAAUAUCAACCAGUCUCUGAUGACCCUGCGCACGUGUAUGGAAGUUCUGCGUGAAAAUCAGAUGUGUGGAACUAACAAGAUGGUGCCAUACAGGGACUCUAAAGUUACACAUCUGUUUAAAAACUACUUUGAUGGCGAAGGAAAAGUGAGGAUGAUUGUGUGUGUAAACCCAAAGGCUGAUGACUACGACGAAACUAUGCUGGUGAUGCGCUUUGCCGAGAUGACCCAGGAGGUGGAGGUGGCGCGGCCCGUUGACCGGCCAAUCUGCGGCCUUACUGCAGGGCGCAGACACAGAAACCGGGUCUUCAGAGAUGAGAUGACACGUCGCAUGGAUGAGAGAGGAGGUUCAGGUAGUUCAGUAGAUGACACGGCUCUGCUGGAUCAGAUGAUGGAAAGCCUCCCAGCCUUGCCUCGCUGUGAGCUGCUGGACCCGGCCGAUGAUCAGACGCUGCCCCGCCUGAUGGAAGUCCUGGAGAGGAGACAUCGUGUCCGUCAGAUGAUGACGGAGCAGUUCAACAAAUCUGCCACUACACUGAAGUCCAUGCUUCAGCAGUUUGACAGUCAGAUCAAUUCAAAGGAGACGUUCCUCCACGACCAACGAAGCAAACUGAGCGAGAAAGAAAAAGUCAUCAACAGUCAAAAGUCUGAGCUGGAACGAUUAGAGAAAAAAUCCAAAACACUGGAAUACAAGAUCGAUAUCCUGCAGAAGACAACCAACAUGUAUGAGCAGGACAAGCGCUCCCUUCAGCAGGAGCUGGAGACACGGGAGCAGCGGCUGCACAGAGAGCUGACGGAGAAGAAGCGCAUGGAGCAGCGCAUGCAGGGCAUGGUCACAGACACCAAGCACAAGUGGGAGAAGGAGUGUGAGAGGCGAGUGAACGCCAAGCAGCUGGAGAUGCAGAACAAGUUGUGGGUGAAGGAUGAGAAGUUGAAGCAGCUGAAGGCGAUCGUGACGGAGAGCAGCGGCAGUGGGUUUCCAUCUGAGCGCCCAGAGAAGCCUGAGCGGCCAUCGAGGGAGAGAGAUCACACGAGGUCCGCCUCGCCAUCCCCCCUUCAAGACUUCAACCAAACUCCGUCCCACCAAAAUAGAGCCAUUGUUAGGGCAGCUCAGGACCCUCACUCUACCUCCUCCUUUUCCUCCACCACCACCACCACCUUCUCCUCCUCCACCUGCUCCUCCUCCUCCUCAGUCUAUCCCUCAGUAGCCUCCUGCAUCACAGAUUGGGAGCACAAGUUCCCCGUAGACUCAAGCAGCAAAACUAGGCAGCUUGGGACUCCCCAGUGCAGCAGCCGGACCCCCGGCCCAUACCAAGGUGCCAGCAGCGUGGGUCGCAGGAGGGGCCAGCGCUGGGCCGCAGACACUGAGGCCCCCGCCCCGACCGUGUAUGGGCUCGACCUAGAGGCAGGCACCAGGACGGCCCCUCCAGUUCGUCCCACACACAGGCGCUCACACUCUGCGGGUGGGGAGAAAUGGGUAGACCACAAACCUGCUUCUAAUUUGGACCUAGACACUGUCAUGCAGCCAAUCAUACCCAAUUCAAUCAAGGUGUCGACCCCCAACGAGAAAGCUCUGUCUAAAUGCCAAAAGUAUGUGCUUAGACAUCAAGAGCUUGCCUCAGACGGGGAGAUUGAGACUAAAUUGAUCAAGGGCAAUGUUUUUAAGACCAGAGGAGGCGGACAGGCUGUGCAGUUCACUGACAUUGAGACACUAAGACAAGAGUGCGCAAUGGCAUCAAGUCGCAAGAGGCACUCGGGGUCUGGAGAUGGAGCAGCUCAUAUGGAGGACAUAGAAAACAGGGCUCCAGUGCCCAGCACAAGUUCAAACCUUGGGUAUCAAAAACGCAGAAAGCCUUGAGCUGCUGUAAAUAUGAAGGAUUUUGCCUGACGGUGGGAACAGUGAAUGGACCUGCAUGUGGAAACUAUGCAUCUUUUUGAGUCACCACAUUUUUCUAUUAUGACUGCUUUUUAGUACACAUUUUUUGAGUGCUAUUUAUUUAAUCAAUUGCUGGAUUCGUUUGGUUUUUGAAUGUAGAAUUAUUACUUCUUAAAGAUAUGGAUACAAAAUAUGGCUCAAAAUUAGUAUUUGGUGAUACAUUAAAUAGUUAAUUUUGUAAUCCUUCACUGCUUUUGUACCUCUACCCAAAGACUAGAUUAUUUGAGCUUUAGAAAACGAUCUUUUUUAAAUGUACUGCAAGGGUUCUUCAUUUAUAGGAUAUUGCAUUGAUCAUAUCGCCGAUUACAAAACAAGUAUAGAACAGAGUUUUUUUUGUUUAGAUGAGAUGUUAAGUAACUUUGGCUGAAAUCAAUCUCUGAAUAACUGUAAAUAAGUAUUAUGACAUAUUUUACUUCUGUGAAACAGUGUAUCACAGCAACAUGUUUGCUGGAAUAAAAUGCAUUGAAACACUAA